CAGAACAGAAACAGAGGAUACUAUACAAAUAAAAUUUUCAGUGGAUAUAAACAUUUCUCUCAAGAAAACGACAUUAACGAAGGAGAUCGAAAGCUUCUUCUCUCCAAUUCUGAUCAACUUUAGGAUUGUUUUUGUUCAAUUUCACAAUAAAAUGUCCAAGUUUUGCUGCUCUCGUUCUUCUACACAAGCUGUGGUAGCACAAAAGACUAACUCGGGUAAAGGAAGAAACGGUGAAGGAGGAAUCAAGUAUGGAUUUAGUUUGACAAAAGGCAAGUCUAAUCAUUCAAUGGAGGAUUACCACGUUGCUAAGUUUAUCAAACUCAACGGCAAUGAAUUGGGCCUUUUUGCUAUCUUUGAUGGUCAUAAAGGUGAUAGUGUACCUGCUUAUUUGCAGAAGCAUCUCUUCUCUAACAUCCUCAAAGACGGAGAGUUCUUGGUUGAUCCACGAAGAGUGAUUGCAAAAGCUUAUGAGAAUACAGACCAAAUGAUUUUAUCAGAUGCUGGUUCUGAGUUAGAUAGUGGUGGUUCGACAGCUGUGACUGCUAUUUUGAUUAAUGGGAAAGUUUUGUGGAUAGCUAAUGUUGGUGAUUCUCGAGCAAUUGUUUCUCGUCGAGGUAAAGCAAAACAGUUGAGUGUAGAUCAUGAUCCUGAUGAUGAUACUGAGAGGAGUAUGAUUGAGCGUAAAGGUGGAUUUGUAACCAACAGACCAGGAGAUGUUCCUCGAGUGAACGGUUUGUUAGCUGUGUCUCGUGUCUUUGGGGACAAAAACCUCAAAGCAUAUCUGAAUUCAGAGCCUGAUAUUAAGGAUGUUACCAUUGACAGUCACACAGAGUUUCUUAUUCUUGCUAGUGAUGGUAUUUCCAAGGUGAUGACAAAUCAAGAAGCAGUUGAUGUAGUUAAGAAGGUUAGAGAUCCAAAGGAAGCAGCGAAGCAACUAAUAGCUGAAGCAUUGAAAAGGAACAGUAAGGAUGACAUAUCUUGCAUCGUUAUCCGAUUUAGAUGAUAACCGAACCCCAAAGAGACCAAGACUCAAGCUUUGCUUCAGUUGUAUGAUUCUUUUGUGUUUAGUUAAAUGUGAUCUAGUUAUUGGUUACGUGUGUAUUUUCAAGAAUAGGAGUUUUAAUAGGACUACAAUAUUAUACUUUAGCUUUGUUUAACAAACCAGAUGAUUUAUCAUAUAAAAAUACAUCACAAGAGAUACAGUCGACUUUA